AUGUGUUUCUCAACAAGUAUUUUCUUUUUUUUUUUUCAUUUUUUUUUUUUUUUUUGCUAUUUUUUUCCAUUUCUUUCCUCUAUAAUUCCGUUUAUUAUGAUUUUAUUUUUCGGUCAAGAAUUUAUUUAUCUUUAUGAAUCUUUGUUUGAUUUUUCUGUUGACUACCAUUUCUUUUCUUCUUUUUUUUUUCUUUUAUUCCUUCUUGCAUGUUUUUCCUUCUUUCUCUUAGCUUAUUUUUGUUCUUCUUUCUCUUUCGUUUUCUUUUUUCCAAUAUUUUUUCUUUCCAAUUUUCAUUUUAUUCUCUUUAUUUAUCAUUUGAAUUCACCUCUUUCUCGUGUUCUUCGUAUCUUUCAAUUUUUCCUUCUUUUUUAUUUUGGUAUUUACAUGUUAUUGAUUCUUUACUUUUUUUUUCUCCGAUUAUUAUUUUUUUUUUUAUAUUGUUCGUUUUAUUUUCCAAUCAGUCUUUCUAUUACUUUCUCUUUCAUUCUUUUUUUUCUUUUCGUGACUGUCAUUCAUUGGUCCUAUAAUUCAGAUGUUUAUCGUUCUUUAACCUUUUAUAUCCGGCAAAUUUUAUCUCGCAUUUUCUUGCUUUAUUUCAUUUCUUUAUUUUCCCCUUCGUCGAAGCCUUUAUUAUUUGCGCAUGUACUUUGUAAUUAUUUCCUAUUUAUCCUCUCUCUCUCUCUCUCUCUCUCUCUCUCUCUCUCUCUCUCUACCACCAUCCACUACCAUCAGUUUCUUCUUCUUCACCGAGACCCGUUGGUCGAAUGGUUCAUCACUUCUUUCUUUCUCCUUUUACUUUCUUUGACUUUUUUAUGUUUCUUUCGGCUUUCUUUUUUCUUUCUCACAUUUUCUUCUUUCCUCUUUCUUUUCUUUUCUUUCUUCCGCUCAUACCUUCUUUCUUUUACUUUUUUUUUGGUGGUGGGGUCUUUAUUUCUUUUCUUCAAUCAUUUUCUUUAUGCUUCUAUCUUUUUCUUUUCUUUUCUUUUCUUUUCUGUUCUGUUCACGUUUUCUUAUUUUCUUUCUUCUUUUACUAUCUUUAACUUACUUUCCCAUCUUUCUUUUUUCUGUUUUCUUUUUUUCAUCUCCUCGUUCUUUCUUUUUUUUUCUUUCUUAGUUACAUUUUUCUUCUUUUCCUUUUUAUUUUUCCUUUCCUAUGAUCAGGUCUUCUUUUUUUCUACUUUUUCUUUUUCAAUUUGUUUUCCAUCUUUUUUCUUUGUUUCUUUCUUUUCUGUUCAUGCCUUCCUUCCUUUUAUUUCUUUCACUUACUUUCCUAUCUAUCUUUCUUUUUCUCUUCUUUCCUUUUCUUUUCCUCUCUCUCAUACUUACAUUUUUCUUUUUCCUUUUUUCUUUUGUUUUCUUAUUUAUUGUUUUGUUCAUGCUUUUUUUAUUCUUUUUUGUUUUCUUUCUUUCUUUUCCGUCCUUCUGUUUUCUGCCUUUCUUUUCUUUUUCUGCUUUUUUUUUUUACUCUUUUUUUUGUUUUCGUUUGCCUUUUUUUUUUUUUUCUUUUUCCCUAUUUUCCUUCUUUUGAUUUUUUCUUUCCAUCUUCCUUUCUUCGGGGUUCACUUUCAUUUCUUUUAUUUUAAUUUAUUGUUUCUUUUCUUAUUUCUUCCUCUUUUUCCUCCUUUUUUCUUUCCUUUUCAUUACUUUUUAAUUUCAGCUUUCCUCAUUAGUGGGGGCGGAUAUUACCUCUUUAUUUCGCUUUUCUCUUUAUUUUCUUUUUUCAUUGUCUUUUCCCAACAACGUCAUAGAUUUCUUCUUGUUUUUAUUUUUGCCAUCUCAUCUUUUUUCUUUUUACUUUUACUUUCAUCUUUCUCUCUCUCUCUCUCUCUCUUUUUUCAAAUUAUCCCCACAGAAUUAUCUUUCAUUUUCUCUCACUUUCGUUUCAUUCUUUAG